AUGAAAGCAAUAAGCGUAGCAAGCUCAAACCUUCUUCUUGCUCCAAAAGAGAGCCUUUUCAAUGAGCUAGAGAAGAAGAGGACCAAAGGUGGGAAAUCAUCGCGCUCCAGGUCUUUUGAUUCCCACCGAACCAAUGAAGAUCAAGACAAAAAGCAAAGGGUCAACGGAGGAAGAUCGUCUGGCUCCAAGUCUUCUGAUUCCCACCCAACCAGGGAAGAUCGAGAUGAAAGGAAAAGGUCCAAAGGUGGGAAAUCGUCUCGCUCCAAGUCUUCUCAUUCUUCCCAUCAUCGAGCCAAUGAAGAUCGAGAUGAAAAGAUGAACAGGACCAAAGGUGGGAAAUCAUCUCGCUCCAAGUCUUCUCAUUCCCAUCGAGCCAAUGAAGAUCGAGAGGCAAAGCAAGGGACCACAAGAGGAAGAUCAUCCCGAGCUAUAGUAGGUGCUCACAGUGCAAAGGAGUCACGCUCUAAGUCUUCUUAUUCCCAUCAAACCAGUACAGAUCAAGAGGCAAUGCAAAGAGCCGAAGGAGGAAGAUCCUCGCGUUCUGCGGUCGGUGCUCAAAUCGCUUCAAACGGGUCACGUUCAGGAGCUCGAGCUACACAGAAACCUGGACAUCAUUCUGGAUGA